GGGCAGGGACGCCGCCACUAGCACCACCGCCUCCCGAGUUUCCCUUGUGGAUGCACAGCCCCGGUGACUCCGCUCCUCCCGGCGCAGAGGGGUCCCAAGAGGUCGGAGGAGCGGAUUCCGGACGGGAUUUCCGAGGAAGGGGAGAGUAAGGGCGCCCCACCCGCUCUGGGGGGGUUCGGUGAACGAUGAAGGGCCGGCGGCGGCGGCGGCGGGAGUACUGCAAGUUCGCGCUGCUGUUGGUGCUGUACACCCUGGUGCUGCUGCUUGUCCCCUCUGUCCUGGACGGCGGCCGCGACAGGGACAAGGGCGCCGGGCACUGCCCCGGCCUGCAGCGCAGCUUGGGAGUGUGGAGCCUGGAGGCGGAGGCGGCGGGCGAGCGCGAGCAGGGCGCGGAGGCGCGGCCCGCCGCGGAGGGGGACGCGGACAGGUCCCCCAGGUCCCCGGGCAACCUCCCCGGCGCCGUCGGGGAGGCGGUGUCUCGCGAAAAGCAGCACAUCUAUGUGCACGCCACCUGGCGCACCGGCUCGUCCUUCCUGGGCGAGCUCUUUAACCAGCACCCGGACGUUUUCUACUUGUACGAACCCAUGUGGCAUUUGUGGCAGGCGCUGUAUCCGGGCGAUGCCGAGAGCCUGCAGGGCGCGCUGCGCGACAUGCUGCGCUCGCUCUUCCGCUGUGACUUCUCGGUGCUGCAGCUGUACGCGCCGCCGGGGGACCCCGCCGCGCGCGCCCCGGAUGCGGCCAAUCUCACCACGGCCGCCCUCUUUCGCUGGCGGACCAACAAGGUCAUCUGCUCGCCGCCGCUGUGCCCCGGCGCGCCCCGGGCCCGCGCCGAGGUCGGCCUCGUCGAGGACGCCGCCUGCGAGCGCAGCUGCCCACCGGUGGCUCUCCGCGCCCUGGAGGCCGAGUGCCGCAAGUAUCCGGUGGUGGUCAUCAAGGACGUGCGCCUCCUAGACCUGGGCGUGCUGGUGCCCCUGCUGCGCGACCCCGGCCUCAACCUGAAGGUGGUGCAGCUUUUCCGCGACCCGCGGGCCGUGCACAACUCGCGCCUCAAGUCUCGGCAGGGGCUCCUGCGUGAGAGCAUCCAGGUGCUGCGCACCCGCCAGAGGGGCGACCGCUUCCACCGCGUGCUGCUGGCGCACGGCGUGGGCGCUCGCCCCGGAGGCCCGUCCCGCGCGCUGCCCGCCGCCCCGCGCGCCGACUUCUUCCUGACCGGCGCGCUCGAGGUGAUCUGCGAAGCCUGGCUGCGCGACUUGCUGUUCGCACGCGGCGCGCCCUCCUGGCUGCGGCGCCGCUACCUGAGGCUGCGCUACGAGGACCUCGUGCGGCAGCCGCGCGCCCAGCUGCGCCGCCUGCAGCGCUUCGCCGGGCUGCGCGCUCUUGCCGCGCUCGACGCCUUCGCUCUCAACAUGACGCGCGGCGCGGCCUACGGCGCCGACCGGCCCUUCCACCUGUCGGCGCGCGACGCCCGCGAGGCCGUGCACGCCUGGCGCGAGCGCCUGAGCCGAGAGCAGGUGCGCCAGGUGGAGGCCGCCUGCGCCCCAGCCAUGCGCCUGCUGGCUUACCCUCGCAGCGGGGAAGACGGCGACGCCGAGCCGUCCGAGGACGAGGAGACGCCGCCAGAGACGGAGGCCGAUGGCGCCACGUAGCCCCGCUUCCGCGCCCCUGGGAGGG